AUGCACCGCUCGCUCGCACGCUCGCACCGGGCCCUCUGCCCGCGCGCCGCCCCCUCGUCCCCGUCGCCCGCCACUGCCCCUCUCGCCCACGCCCUCCCGCUGCGCCGCAACGCCGCCCAGCAGUCGCGCACACUCGCCACCGCAUCGACCAAGGCAGAGGCGCAGGUCCAGACACGACCCCGCCCGGCCCCCAACUUCCAGCGCCCGCCGCAGUCUGGCGCGACUCCCUCGCCCCUCUCGCCCGCCCAGGCUUCGCACGAUGAGCUCGACUCGUCCUUCAUCGGCCUCUCUGGCGGACAGAUCUUUCACGAGAUGAUGCUCCGCCACAAGGUCGAGAAGGUGUUUGGCUACCCGGGCGGCGCCAUCCUCCCCGUCUUCGACGCCAUCUACAACUCGCCCCACUUUGACUUUGUCCUCCCGCGCCACGAGCAAGGCGCAGGCCACAUGGCCGAGGGCUACGCGCGCGUCAGCGGCAAGCCCGGCGUCGUCCUCGUCACGUCGGGACCCGGCGCAACGAACGUCAUCACGCCCAUGCAGGACGCCCUCUCGGACGGCACGCCCCUCGUCGUCUUCUGCGGCCAGGUCGCGACGUCGGCCAUCGGCUCGGACGCAUUCCAGGAGGCCGACGUCGUCGGCAUCUCGCGCUCGUGCACGAAGUGGAACGUCAUGGUCAAGGACAUUGCCGAGCUCCCGCGCCGCAUCAACGAGGCGUUCAAGAUUGCGACCUCGGGACGACCCGGCCCCGUCCUCGUCGACUUGCCCAAGGACGUCACGGCCGGCAUCCUCCGCCAGGCGAUCCCGCACCGGUACACCCACCCCGAGCUCGCCGAGAGCAACCUCCCCUCGCGCAACCGCAUCCACACCGCGACGUCGCAGGCCGGCGGCGAGGCGACGCCGAUCUCGGACGCUCUCCUGAACAAGGCGGCGCACUUGAUCGCCAACGCCAAGCGCCCCGUGAUCUACGCCGGCCAGGGUAUGCUCGCGACACCCGAGGGCCCCGAGCUCCUCCGCCGCCUCGCCAAGGAGGGCAACAUCCCCGUCACGACGACGCUGAUGGGUCUCGGCGCGUACGACGAGCUCGACGAGACGCACUCGCUGCACAUGCUCGGCAUGCACGGCUCGGCGUACGCCAACCUCGCGAUGCAGUCGGCCGAUGUCAUCAUCGCCCUCGGCGCGCGCUUCGACGACCGUGUCACCGGCCGCCUCGACAUGUUUGCGCCCGCCGCGCGCGCCGCCGCCGCCGCAGGCAAGGGCGGCAUCAUCCACUUUGAGAUCCAGCCGAAGAAUGUCAACAAGGUCGUCAACGCCAACGUCGCCAUCAUGGGCGACGUCCUCGACUCGGUUCGCGCCCUGCUGCCUCUCCUGCCGAAGGAGGCGCAGCCCCGCGAAGAGUGGUUCGCCAAGAUCAAGCAGUGGAAGCACGACUACCCGUUCACGUACAUCAAGUCGGACCCGUCCAAGGGCGAGCUGAUGAAGCCGCAAGAGGUCAUCGAGGCGCUCAACGACUGGUGCGAGGAGCACGGCAAGGAGGAUGUCAUCGUCGCGACCGGAGUCGGCCAGCACCAGAUGUGGGCCGCGCAGCACUACCGCUGGCGCCACCCCCGCACCUGGGUCUCGUCCGGCGGUCUCGGCACGAUGGGCUACGGCCUGCCGUCGUGCAUCGGCGCCAAGGUCGCCGCGCCGGAGAAGAUUGUCGUCGACGUCGACGGAGACGCGUCGUUCUCGAUGACCGCGAUGGAGCUCGCCACCGCCUCGCAGUACGACAUCGGCGUCAAGGUUCUCAUCCUCAACAACGAGUUCCAGGGAAUGGUCCUCCAGUGGCAGGACCUCUUCUACGACAAGCGCUACUCGCACACAGAGAUGACGAACCCCGACUUUGUCGCACUCGCCAAGUCGAUGCGCGUCCACGCGAUUCGCUGCGACAGCGCCGCCGACCUCCCCGCCAAGAUGAAGGAGUUCAUGGAGUACGACAACAACAAGCCGGUCGUCCUGGAGGCUCGUAUCACUAAGAAUGAACAUGUAUUCCCCAUGUGUGCAGCCGGUAAAGCGUUGCAUCAAGUCCUCCUCCACCCGAGCCUCAAGCCGAUCGACGCAGACUUCGACAAGUAG